ACGCACGAAGCCGCGGAGCCUGCCGGGAGCUCGGCGCACAAUGGCGACGCCCAGCCUGCGGGGUCGUCUGGCGCGCCUUGGGAACCCGCGGAAGCCUGUGCUGAAGCCCAACAAACCCCUCAUCCUAGCUAACCGCGUCGGGGAGCGGCGCCGGGAGAAGGGCGAGGCGACCUGCAUAACGGAGAUGUCGGUGAUGAUGGCUUGCUGGAAGCAGAAUGAAUUCCGCGACGAUGCAUGCAGAAAAGAGAUCCAGAGCUUCUUCGAUUGUGCUUCGAGGGCUCAGGAAGCCCGAAGGAUGAGAUCAAUCCAGGAGACCCUGGGAGAGUCUGGGAGUUUACCUCCCAAAAAAUUGAAUAAGUUGUUACAGAGGUUUCCUAAUAAAUCUCACCUCAGCUGAAAAUGGAGAAGCAUUUUCAGUGACUGGACUAUAGCCUCUGAGAACUAUGCAGAGGCAUUUUAGAGACAUUUGCACUGCCAUAUCUUUGGAAUCAUGGCAUGGGUAGAAGUUAUGCUUUAUCUUGAAAUAAAAUCCCCUGAAGAGAA